AUGGAUCGAAUGCUGAAAGAAGAAUCAAAUUUCAGGACAAGCAGCCUGGAAAAUGCAACGAGGGAGCCGAGCAAAGAAAAGCUGCACAUGAAGCUCUGCAGUGGGUCCUGCCACGCUGAGCAGAUCCUCCAGACAUUGAAUUCCUACAGGCAGAGUGGCAUCUUCACAGAUGUGGUGCUCUCAAUUGAUGGCCAAGAGUUCCCCUGUCACCGUGCCACUUUGUCAGCCAACAGCACUUAUUUCCGGGCCAUGUUUGGUGGCAGUCUCAAGGAAGGUCACCAGGACAUCAUUAAUAUCCAGAAGAUUCCUGCUUCCACCAUGUCUCUCCUCCUGGAUUAUAUGUAUGGGGGGAACAUCAUCAUUCAGGAGGACAACGUUGAAAGCAUCUUGGAGCUGUCUGACCUGCUGCAGAUCUCCAAGCUCAGAGAUGCUUGUGUCACCUUCCUCGAGGGCCAGCUCCACCCCUGUAAUUGUUUGGGCAUCAUGAAGUUUGCUGAUUCCUUCUCAAUCCCAUCCCUGACGGAGAAGAGCAAGAGGUUCAUGUUGGAAUGUUUUGUGGAGGUGUCAUCCCACGAAGAGUUCCUGGAGAUGGGUGUGAAGGAACUGGUUGAGUAUCUCUCUGAUGAGCAGCUGGUCGUCCCCAAGGAAGAAGUGGUCUUUGAAGCAGUCAUGCGUUGGGUAAGACAUGACAUCCCUGCCAGGAAAGGAGCCUUGAAGGACCUCCUGGAGCACGUCCGUCUGCCCCUCCUUGACCCCACCUAUUUCCUGGAGAAGGUGGAAAUGGAUGGACUCAUCCAGGACUCAAAGGAAUGCAUUCCCCUGCUCCACGAGGCCCGCAAGUUCUACAUCCUUGGCAAUGAGGUCAGCUCCUUGAGAUCAAGGCCCAGAAGGUUCAUGGAGCUGGCAGAAGUUAUCAUCAUCAUUGGGGGCUGUGAUAAGAAAGGCCUCCUGAAGUUGCCCUUCACAGACCUCUACCACCCCAAGAGCAGGCAGUGGACAGCCCUCUCCAGUCUGCCUGGCUACACCAAGUCAGAGUUUGCUGCCUGCACGUUGAAGAAUGAUGUGUACAUAUCAGGAGGACACAUCAGCAGCCAUGAUGUUUGGGUGCUCAGCUCCCAGCUGAACGUCUGGAUCAAGGUUGCUUGUCUGCAGAAAGGCAGAUGGAGGCACAAAAUGGCAACACUUCAGGGCAAGAUCUAUGCUGUGGGAGGCUUUGAUGGCUUUUACCGCCUCUCCAGCGUGGAGUGUUACGACACCUUCUCCAAUACUUGGUCAACUCUGGCCCCUCUACCCCAAGCUGUGAGCUCAGCAGCUGUGGUCUCCUGCCUGAACAAGCUCUAUGUGAUGGGUGGGGCUGUGGAUGACACCUCCAACACUGAUAAGGUCCAGUGUUACGAUCCAGAGGAGAACAAGUGGACACUCCUAUCUCCUACCCCUUUUUACCAGAGGUGCAUCAGUGCUGUCUGCUUGGACAACAUCAUUUAUGUUGUAGGUGGCCUCCUCAGUAAAAUCUUCAGCUAUGAUCCAAGGAAAGACAGCUGGGGAGAAGUGGCCACCCUUCCUGGACCUCUGGAAAGCUGUGGUCUGACGGUGUGUGGAGGGAAGAUUUACAUCCUGGGGGGCCGAGAUGAGAAUGGGGAAGGCACAGACAAAGCCUUCACUUUUGACCCUGGGAUGGGGAAGUUGGAGCAGCAGCCGCCGCUGCAGCGCUGCACCAGCUACCACGGCUGUGUCACCAUCCUGCAACGCAUGAACAGAUGA